GAACGCAACGUCAUCGCGCUUGGGCAGUUUAAAGAGGCUCUCCGAAAGCCAGCGGAGUUUCACAUGUGUUUUAAUAAACCGGUUCUUUAACGGCUGUUGAAUAUACUAUUGCAGCAGAUGACGCCCAACUUUCAGUUUCGUUUUUAGUAAGGUUAUUCCCUACUGACAGCGAGCUUUGUAUGUGGAUCUCGAUCACAUAGUUUCAGUGUCGGAAAAAUCUCUGCGCGGUGGCAUUUUAAGAGUGAUUACGUGCGUCUCUUUCUGAUCUGCCUCGGAUAUUAGUUAUUAAUGUGUGAAUGUGUUUUCAGCUAUAAGAUGAAGCCUGUGCUGUGCGCUUUUGUGACGGCCUUGAUCGCGCUGCAGUGUGCCGAAUGUUUAAAGAGGACAUAUUAUAUAGGAAUACGAGAGGAAAACUGGGAUUACUCGCCCAGCAGAAGAAACCUUAUCAACAACCGAAGCAUUGACCAAGAACACGCAUCUGUUUUUCUGUCAAAUGGCGCUACCCGAAUAGGGAGUGUUUACAAAAAGGCUCUGUACAGACAGUACACAGAUGACUCUUAUUCCAAAGAAAUACCUAAACCUGAGUGGCUUGGCUUCCUUGGACCUGUUUUACGGGCUGAGGUCGGUGAUGUCAUGGUGGUACACAUGAAGAACUUUGCAAGCAGGAAUUAUUCGCUUCACCCACAUGGAGUGUUCUAUAAGAAGGAUUCAGAAGGAGCGUUGUAUCCUGAUGGUACCUCUGGUCAUGAUAAGAGUGAUGAUGCGGUGGCUCCAGGUCAAAAAUGGACGUACACCUGGGAGGUCAAACCAGAGUACGGCCCUACUGAAGACGAUGCCAGCUGUCUCACCUGGAUUUACCAUUCACAUGUAGAUGCACCAAGAGACAUUGCAUCAGGGCUUAUAGGAGCUCUGCUUACCUGCAAGAAAGGUACUCUGAACUCUAGCGAUAAGCGCUCUGAUGUGGAUGAAGAUUUCAUUUUGAUGUUCAGUGUGGUGGAUGAGAACUUAAGCUGGUACUUGCAGAAGAAUGUUGAAAAAUUUUGCUCUGAACCAGGUGCAACAAAAACACUUAUGGAAAACGCAGAUGAGGAUUUCAGAGAGUCCAACCUUAUGCACUCAAUCAAUGGGUAUGUUUAUGGUAAUUUGCCUUCACCGAAAGUGUGUGUUGGGCGUCCUGUGUCUUGGCAUCUCUUUGGCAUUGGCAACGAAGUGGACAUUCAUUCCGCCUAUUUCCACGGGCACACCCUCAUGGAUCGCAAGCACCGCACAGAUGUUCUUAGUCUGUUUCCUGCGACUUUUGUCACCGCAACAAUGAUCCCGAGAACAAAAGGAAAAUGGUUGUUAAGUUGCCAAGUCAACGAUCAUAUACAAGCAGGUAUGCAGGGUUUCUAUGAGGUCUCGACCUGUGGGUCUGCAACCUCUCCAACAGAAGCCCCUGGUACUGAGAGACAUUUCUACAUUGCUGCUGAAGAGAUGGAAUGGGACUACGCCCCUUCAGGAAUGAACUACAUGAACAAUGCAAACCUUACUAAACCAGACAGUGACUCUGAACCAUACUUCAGUCGUAAUGGUGGUAAACUGGGUGGAACAUACCUGAAGGCCAGAUACAUUUCAUAUACUGAUGAAACAUUUACUACCAAAACACAUAUUGCAGGCUCAGAUGUGCACCUUGGAAUUCUGGGUCCUGUCAUCAGAGCAGAGACUGGUGAUGUUAUCAUUGUGACAUUCCUUAAUAACGCUACAUGUGACUAUAGCAUUCAGCCACAUGGUUUGCAUUAUGAAAAGGCCUACGAAGGAGCAAUGUAUCAGGAUGGUGCUCAGAAAGAUGGAGCUUCUGUGGCCCCUGGUAAAAAAUUCACCUACCACUGGAGAGUAAUUGAAGGUCCAUCCAGCGAUGAUCCUCCUUGUCUUUCAUACUUGUACUACUCCGCUGUUGAUCCAGUCCGUGACACUAACUCUGGUUUAUUUGGACCCAUACAAGUGUGCAAGAAAGGUGUUCUUGAUGGAAGUGGGCAUCAGCAUGCUGACAAAAUUCAGCACGAGUUUUUUCUGCUAUUCUCUGUGAUGGAUGAGAACGAAAGCUGGUAUCUGCAAAAAAACAUUGAAAAGUUUGGCAGCGGUGAUUCAGAUCCAGAUAAUGAAGAGUUUCAAGAGAGCAAUAAGAUGCAUGCUGUGAAUGGCUACAUGUAUGGAAACCUGCGUAGUCUGGAGUUGUGUAAUGGGGAACAUGCUGUGUGGCACACACUUGGCUUGGGCACAGAGGUGGACGUCCAUGGUGUCUAUUUCCAGGGUAACACGUUUCAGCGCAAUGGGAUGAACCGUGACACUCUCAGCAUCUUCCCGCAUACCACAGUGACUGUUAACAUGACACCCGACAAUAAUGGUGAGUUUGAGCUGAGCUGUCUUACAGCUGAUCACUACAAGGCAGGUAUGCGUCAACAUUACACAGUCAAGUCCUGUUCGGCAAAGACUCCAGCACCAGAUCGCUUAACCUCCACAGUGCGCUACUAUAUAGCAGCAGAGGAAGUUGUGUGGAAUUAUGCGCCAAACCGAACAUGGGAACUAGAGAAACAUAGGGCUACACUGGAGGAAAGCCCUGGAAGUAUUUACCUAGAGAAAUCAAAAGAUCAGAUUGGUGCUGAAUAUAAGAAGGUGGUGUUUCGUGAAUACACAGAUGGAACAUUUACUAAAGAGAAGCCCAGGUGUCCAGAGGAGGAGCACUUGGGGAUAAUGGGACCCAUCCUCAGAGCUGAGGUUGGUGAGAGGAUUCAGGUCGUGUUUAAAAACAAUGCCAGCAGGCCAUAUUCUGUUCAUGCCCAUGGAGUGAAGACCAGUGAACCCCAUCAGAAUGGUGUUCUACCAGGUUUGUUGAGCUAUUACAACUGGAUCAUUCCAGAACGAUCAGGUCCAGGUCCCAAGGAUCCAGACUGUAUAACAUUUGCCUACUACUCCUCUGUCAGCUUUGUUGAGGACUUGAUGAGCGGUUUGGUGGGUCCACUGAUAGUGUGCCGUAAAGACACUCUGACCACUGAUAGACGUAGAAAAGACACUGAUAAAGAGUUUGCCCUCCUUUUCAUGGUGUUUGAUGAAAAUGAGUCCCACUACCUGGAUGAAAACAUAAAAACUUAUCUCAAGGCAGACGAAUUUGACAAAUAUAAUCCAGACUUUAUGGAGAGCAACAAAAUGCAUGGUAUUAAUGGGAAGUUGUAUGCUAACCUCCAUGGGUUGAAAAUGACAGAGAAAGACAAGACCCAGUGGUAUUUGUUAGGACUGGGGAACGAAGUGGACAUGCACACUGUGCAUUUCCAUGGUCAAAGCUUCAUUUAUAAAACGGAUCAUUCUCAUCGUGCAGAUGUAUACGACCUAUUCCCAGGAACAUUUCAGACCAUAGAACUAAUUGCAGGAAGUCCUGGACAGUGGCUGCUACACUGUCAUGUGACUGACCACAUCUAUGCUGGGAUGGAGGCGCUUUUCACUAUUAACUCUAAAGAAACAAACACUUUGUCAGGGAUAACCAUUCAUGCCUUGACUGAAGAAUAUCUAAGACAGGGGGAGGAGGAGGUGACUGAGUUACCUAAGGCAGAAGCUGUCCUUCAUUUUGGAAGCCUCUACACUGUGAUGUUGUGUGUCCUUGGAUCGGUCAUAUUGAGCCUUGUAACACACUGAGAAAAAAAGAUAAAAAGAUAAAAGUGACCAUAAACCCAACAUAAUAUUUAUUGUUGUUCACUACUUAGUUACAUCAUUGCCAUUCUCAUUGUAGCUGUUAGAUAAACACAUUUUUUUUGGGGGGGGGGAAACAACUCUUGAAAAAAAGGGAAAAAAAGAAAGAAAGAAUUUGUCUAUUCUUUCAAUUUUGAUUUAACAUGUAAGUAA